GAGGAAGAGAAAAUAAUGAACAAAGGUUACCGUGUGUGUUUCUAUGUGUGUGUGUGUGUGUGUGUAUCAGUUCACAGGCAGAGUGGGACCUGUGAGGACACAAUUCACAACACAUUCAGUGUCGACAAGAAGAGGUUCGUGCGGUGGUGCAAGGGGAGGAGAGCAGCGCAUGGUGCAGUCAGUAAUCUCCAAUGUGAUGCAAUGGCUCCCCCUAGAGAUGAAGUUGUGCAGUACAUAUACGGAGAGUAUGACGGUGUCAGCCUGUUGCUGCUGGGGACCUGCUCUGUUUUAAUCCUCAUUCUGCUGCUUCUCUUGUGCUCCUUCCUUUCACGCUCAAAAAGACCUUCCGUUAAUUUACCUGAAAAGUCCGUCCAAGAAUCUUCUGAGAAAAAAGGGGUCAAGCGGGACACUGACCAAAUCCCUGAAACGCCAGAAACAAACGGAGGUGUUCAUUCAGACCCAGAAUCAUCCCAUCAGAAUAAUCCUCAAAAUAAACAAAAGAGCAACAAUGGGGCAUCUGUCAAAAUCCUGGAAAAUAUACUAAACCAGAAUUCUAAAAUAGAAGAAAAGCCCCCGACUCUGAAAGAACGAAAUCUCCCAUCAAUACCCCGGGACAGUGUAAUUACAGAGAGUGAACUGGAGAAUCCAAAAAGUCAUGAACCCCUCUAUGAUACUGUGAAUAAAAAUGAGCCUCCAGCUUGUAUCAUUAAUGGUAACAGCCAGUCAAAUGGAAGUGUGAAUAAUGAAGAGGCCGCAGGGAAAACGUCUGUCCCUCUUUACUCCAACGUGCCUAGCAAGGACUCCCGCAAAAAGCAUCAAAAACAAGAAAAUGUAUAUGAAGAAUUGAAACCUGAGGCGGAGCCCAGUCCUAACCCAGCACAUGUGCACAAAGGACCAAGUCCUGUCUCCCAAAAGAGUAACUCCCCACAGGACAAUGAAACAUCGUUCCAAAGCCAGGAAAAUACACAAAGUGCAGACCAGAUUCCAAAUUUAAAAGACCGACAUCUCCCUUUAAUACCACAAGAUGAUGCAACUAUACAAUGUGGACUUGAAAAGACAACAAAUGCUGACCCGCUUUACGAUACUGCCGAUGAAAUUCAAGAUGGAGCUACCGUUGCGGAAUCAAGAAUUGAACCACCAAUGUCAAAGUUACCAUUGCCCAUUUUGAAUAUUGAAAUAGAACCAGCUAGUAUUAUUCCUGGGCCUAAUGGUGAUAACAAAUCAGAUGGAAGCUUGAAUAACGGAGAGGCCAAAGAACCAAAGAAAAUAGGGAUCGACCCCCUUUACUCUAUUGUUCGUAAGAACAAGUCAUCUCAAAAGAAACCACCACACCAAGAAAGUUUCGAUGAUGAAAUGAAGCAGGAGCCUGAUACAGAGACAAAUAUUUCUGCUAGUUUUCCUGACCUGAACAGUUCACAAACCUCCCUAGAUAUGGUGUCAAUGGCAUAUCAGCGUGCCAAGAAGAGGGGAAGGGAUGAUACAUCGAUAAACUCUGAACGUGAGGAGCCUCCACCUCUUCCAGAAAAACUAUUCACUGCAGAAGAUGAAAAUCAAUAGAAGGUAACAGAGGAUGAAAAGAAAUUUGCUGCCAGUCAACAAGUUCCUGACAGAUCAUUGGUAAAAAAAGAGCCUCAUCACUACCAGCGGCCACCAAAACCAUCUGUGAUGUUUCCUGCCUGGAAACAGAUGAUGAGCAGCUUUAUUGUGACGUCAUUGUUUUUUUAUCUAAUCUGAACACUAUUAUUGGGAUGUGUUUUGAACACCAUUACUGUGACAUUAUUGAUUCACCUGAAUCUGAUGAUGAUUCCAAUUACGGUGCCAUUAGCUUUUCAGAAUACAACAGAUAACUUUAUUGUGACAUCACUGUUUUUUCACACAUUUGACAAAGACAAAGAACACGAUUGUGGCGAUACUGCCCCUCCAUGUAAAAUAUAAAUCUGAUUGGGGUGACAAAAAGAGGAGAAAUACUUCUCUGACAAAGCAGAUGAAAUGACACCAUUAUUCAAAGGGGUAUUAGAGCUCAGUGACAGCGCGGAGCUCUAACACUCUAACGCCUCGGAAUUUUUCAUUCCUGAAGAAGAUGGGGAGUAACUAUUCCACCAAGCUCUGAAACAAACUCUUGCUGUCACCAUCACUAUAAAAUACGGCAGUUAAAUAAAUUGGCCUCUGAGCACAAAGAAUGAUAUAAAAUACAUGGGAAUACUUUGGGUGCACCCCUUAAUUUGAGCUAAUCAUGAUGAGCAAUGAAAGUGGUGUAGCAGUAACUAAACAAGGAUUCAUUCACAUCUUUCCACAACAAUUUUUCAUCAUAUUGGAUUUUUCCAUGCUGUUAAAAUGAGGCUGCUGCAGACUAAUACAUACAUUUUUACAGUUAUGAUUCGUAAGCCUAGUCUUUGCCCACCAAGGCAACCCAGGUAGGAGAAAUCAAAGGGAUUUGGGCUAAAAAUCUAAUAUAAUAGGGGUGGUCUGCAGUGGCUGUUAACGUUGGCCCAUGUAUUGCCAGGUUAUGUAUUGCAUACUUUAUUAAAGUCUAUAUUUUUAAAUAAAGUUAUAUAGGUUCUUGGAGCAAUA